AUGGAACGGCUGACGCCAGAGGAAACAAGGAAUUGGACAUGGGUCCAGGAGUUUGUCCUUGAGGGCUUCCCUGUGGCCGAGGACCUGAGGAUCCUCUUCUUCCUGGUGCAUUUGCUGGCCUACUUGGCUUCCAUCAUGGGCAACACCCUCAUAAUUAGCAUCACCUGCAUGGACCACCGAUUGCAGACGCCCAUGUACUUCUUCCUCAGCACUUUCUCCUUUGUGGAGUGCUGUUUUAUAACUACAGUUAUCCCCCAGCUGCUCAUCAUCUUUCUGUCAGGGAGGAAAACCAUCUCCUUUGUGGCUUGCUUCACACAGGCCUUUUUCUUUCUUUUCCUGGGGGCAACUGUUUUUUUCCUCCUGUAUGGCAGCUGUGUAUUUAUAUACAUGAAGCCAAAGCAGACAAGCAGGCUGGACACCAACCGAGAGGCUGCUCUUGUGAACACGGUAGUGACACCUCUUCUGAACCCUGUCAUCUACACCCUGAGAAACAAGCAGGUCCACCAGGCUCUGAGGGAUGCACUGUCCAGGGUUCAAUUACCCAGAUAUCAGAGGAGCAAUGCACCUUCCCUUUGA